AUGGCGUUUAAACUUCUCUUGUGGUCUUUGGUUGCAUUCAGUGGGAGUGUCGCGGCUGACUUGCCACCAAUUCAAGUCAAGGGCUCCAAGUUCUUCUUCGAGAAUGGCACUCAAUUCUUUAUGAAAGGUGUAGCUUACCAGCAAGACGCAUCAGGAGCUAAUGCCAAGGCCGGUGCAAAGUACGUCGAUCCGUUGGCAGAUAAAAAGUCGUGCGAGCGAGAUAUCCCGCUUCUAAAAGAACUGCGCGCAAACACAAUUCGCGUCUAUGCAAUUGACCCAACUGCGAACCAUUCCGCCUGUAUGAAGUUGCUUCAGGACGCCGGAAUAUAUGUUAUUUCCGACCUCAGCGAGCCUUCUCUCUCGAUCAACCGUGACAACGCCCAAUGGAACACAGAACUCUUUACGCGAUACCAAAAGGUCAUCAAUGAGCUCUCGCAGUACCAAAACGUGAUUGGGUUCUUUGCUGGCAAUGAAGUCAGCAAUGCGAGGAAUAACACAGGUGCUUCUGCUUACGUUAAGGCCGCAGUCCGCGACACCAAAAAGUUCAUCAAGGAGAACAAGAAUAUCAAGCGGUGGGUUGGUGUCGGGUAUGCCGCCAACGAUGACAAGGAUUUUCGCAACGAAAUUUCCAGCUACUUUAACUGCGAUAAGCCAGAAGACUCUAUUGACUUUUGGGGCUACAAUAUCUACUCAUGGUGCCUUGAGAGUAAUCUAGAGCGAUCCGACUAUGCCAAGCACGCCGCCUACUUCAAGAACUACUCCGUGCCCGUAUUCUUUGCCGAGUAUGGCUGCAAUGACCCAGGCGGCGCUGAGGCUCGCAUUUUCCAGGAGACGCCCGCUCUUUACUCCGAACCCAUGUCCAGUGUGUUCAGCGGCGGCAUUGUCUACAUGUACUUUCAGGAAAAGAAUGAUUUUGGUCUUGUUGAAAUCAAAGAUGGCGAGGCCACCAGAAUGAAGAACUUCAAAGCCUUAAAAGAACAAGUGGCCAAGUCUGACCCCAAGGGAGUUAAAAAGGAUGAAUACUCCUCAUCUAACAAGAUGGGCGAGUGUCCCGCGCUAUCCUCCAACUGGGAAGCUAACAAGUCGCUCCCUCCAAUGCCUGAUCAAAGCCUGUGCGAUUGCAUGAUAAAGUCCCGAAGCUGUGUGCCAAAGAAAGACCUUUCACUGGAAAAGUACGGCGCGAUAUUUGGAUUCAUCUGUCAAAAUGACAAGGCGGCAUGCGCUGGCAUCAACGGGAACACCAAAACAGGCGUGUACGGUGCUUACAGUAUGUGUGACGACAGGGCCAAGCUUGCUCACGUCCUAGAUGAGUACUAUAAGAACCAAAAGAGCGCGGCAAGUGCAUGCGAUUUUAAAGGUGCGGCCGAGAUACAGUCGCCUGAUAACGAUAGCUCAUGCAAGGAUGCUCUGGCAAAGGCUAGCAGUGCUAACAAGAUUGCUGCGACGGCUACUGCACCUCCCGGUUCGGCUUCUACAGGAAAAGACAAGGACAGUGGUGUUGGUCGGGAUUUGCCCGUGACUUGGGCGUUGAUGUUUGGUCAACUCGUCGUGGUUUGGUUGUACUCAGGUUUGGCACUGCCGUAG